AUGGCCGCAAACUACUGGGUGUCGACUCAGCGUCGACACUGGAUGUUCACGCGAGAGCGCCUGGCAGAGAUCCGAGAAAGCCUGUGGGCAAGAGACAAGGACAGCAGCCACCAGGUGCAGCUGCCAGAUAUGAGGAUUAUCAAUAUAUAUUUUAAAGACCAGAUCUGCCGGCUCGCGAAACGCAUGAAUUCACGACAACAGGCCGUUGCUACGGCUCAAGUGUACAUCAAACGCUUCUACACCAAGGUUGAUUUCCGACAGACAAACCCGUAUCUUGUCAUGGUCACGGCCUUUUACCUCGCGUGCAAGAUGGAGGAAUGUCCCCAGCACAUUCGGUUUAUUGCCGCAGAAGCACGGCAAUUCUGGCCAGGCAAACGAUCAGAGUUUGUUGCCAACGACCCGGCCAAAAUCGGAGAAUGCGAGUUCUAUCUGAUCUCAGAAAUGAGCUCCCAGCUGAUUGUGCACCACCCGUACCGCACUGUAUCGGAACUGAGCACAGAACUCGAAUUGUCCGUGGACGAAGCCAACCAGGCGUCGAAUCUUAUUAGCGAUCAUUAUCAAACCGACCUCCCGCUUUUGUAUCCACCGCACGUCAUCGGAGUCACGGCGGUUCUCCUGGCGGUGCUGUUUAGCAACAGUCAGCGCGGCUCCCACAUGUCGAUGAACCCCUCGAUUGCGACUUCGCUGCGAGAGGGCGGCAUGGGAGCUGCCAUGUCGGCGCUCGGGGCCGAUAGACAGGGCACAGGGCGGCCGGAUCCACGGAUUCAAAAGGUUGUCAACUGGCUUGCUGAAAGCGAGGUCGAUAUCAGGGCGGUCAUUGAGUGUACGCAGGAGAUGGUCUCGCUGUACGAGCUGAUGGAGGGGUUUAAUCUACAGCAGGUCAAGGAAGUCAUCACGCGGAUGAUGAAGACCAAGAGCAUGGACAAAUGA